AUGCCCAUGGGCGACAGGUGCGAGCACCAGGUGAAGCUGCCUGUGAAGCAGCAGGUGAGAUUCGAGCUGCCGGUUGUCGACAUCAUUGAGUUCACGAUCGACGAGGGCCACCACGCGAAGAAGAGGAGCAAGCCCAUGCAGAAGCCCUACCACCUUGUCAUGCGGCGGCUCCAAAGCGAGGUCAGAUUCAAGACGGGCGAGACUGAGCCGAAUUUCAAAGGCCGCCUCAAGCUGAUCACCAGGCUCCAGAGGAAGCGGAUUCCGCUGCCCUCCUCGUCGUCUUGCUUGGAGGCGCGCUGA